ACCCACAUUCCAGCUUUGCUUCUUUCCAAUAAAUAGUGAAGAAAGAAGCCAAAUAAAAAUAAUAAUAAUAAAUAAUAAUAAUUCUACUCGUUAUCCCUCUAAAUUCAAAUAAAAACCCCAACCAAACGAAAUCCAUUUCAAGAAACGCAGACAUGGGAGAAGAGAAAGUGAAAGAAGAAGCCUUGCGAAUUAUUGGAAUGUUUCAAGUUCUCCCUCGUUUGGUUGUCUUCGAUCUUGAUUACACUCUGUGGCCUUUCUACUGUGAAUGCCGCUCAAAACGUGAAAUGCCAUCUUUGUAUCCCCAUGCUAAAGGCGUCUUAUAUGCCCUCAAGGACAAAGGGAUUGAUAUAGCUGUUGCUUCUAGAUCACCGACUGCUAAUAUAGCCAACACAUUUCUUGACAAAUUGAGCAUGAAGUCUAUUUUUGUAACCAAGGAGAUUUUCUCCAGCUGGACACAUAAGACAGAUCACUUCCAGAGAAUUCAUACUAGGACUGGAGUGCCCUUUAACUCAAUGCUCUUUUUUGAUGAUGAGGAUAGGAACAUCGAGGCGGUUUCUCUGAUGGGAGUAACAAGCAUUUUGGUGAAUAAUGGGGUUAAUCUUGGAGCAUUGAGGCAAGGUCUUACAAAGUUUUCUCAAAAUUGGAAUACAUCUGAGAAGAAUAAACAGAGAUGGCAAACAAAGUUCUCAAAAAAGUCAACUUCCUCUAAGAAUGAGCAGGAAUGAAUGCUUGGUCUAUGGUGAAUCGUAGACUAAGAUUUUAAAGCAUUCAAAUUUUUUGCAGAGCUAUUCUGGAUUAUUUUCUGCAAUUAUUCUACUUUACCAAUUAUGUUGUAUCAAUUACCAAACAAAUGUUUCUUGGAGUGCAAAUUUAUUGUAUAAAGCUACAUAUAGUAAUUCAGGGGAGUUAGGAUUGUAUAAACAAGUUCAGAUUGUUGUUUGGAGAAACACUGACAACUUAUACUAA